AUGAGCACGCAGUCGUCGUCCCAGUCAUUCUGGGCUGAGGCUCUUGACGUUGCCGAGUCCCUCGAUGGCCCGGGCGAACAGAUCCGGAUACCCAAACGCGUCCAGUUCGCGUCGUACGAACUGAGCCCCGACACGCCGGAUGAGCAGCAAGCCGGCGCGGGUCCCUCGUCCCCCGCAUCUCCAACGAUUGAAGAACGACGAAAUGCCACGUCCCUCGAGUACCUCCCCAACCGCGUCGAGCUGCUGCCCGCCGAGCAUGCGUACCUCGCCAACCCAGAGUACGCGCCCAACGCGUUCGGCGACGUGGGCGACUACAUGCGCAAGAAGGACAUCAAGGUGCAGAACCAGAACAGCGAGAUAGCCGCGGCGGGCGCACAUCUGCCACAGAUAUUCGCCGGCCUCACUUUUUACAUCAACGGAAACACUACCCCGCCAAUGGAGGAGCUGCGCCGCAUGAUCCUUCUCCGUGGCGGCACUUGCGUGCCCUACGUCCGCACCAAGGGCGUGCUGGACUUUAUCGUCGCGCCCGUGCUCACCCUGGCCAAGUUCCGCGAGUUUGCGCGACACAAGGUCGUGCGGGAGGGGUGGGUGCUCGAGUGUGUGGCUGAGGGGCGGCUCGUCGACUGGAGGAAGUGGCGCUUGAAGGUCGAGGAUGAGGGGGAGACGGGGCUGGAGGACUUCUUGCGAAAGUCUGAAACGAAGGCGGUGGCGGAAGAGGAAGAGGAGGAGAUGGGGCCGCCUGACCUGCCGAGCCCGCCGGUGACGAGGGCCAUCGCUGCGACUCAGAGCCUCCUGCGUCCUGUUCGACCGGCACCGACAGUCAUCGAGCAAGGCCGCCCGCGAAUGGAUGAAGUGGAGAAGAUGGAGGCCGCCAACCCCCCGCGACCUGAAGGCACAUGGGACAACUACUUUGUCCACCGGUCCAAUCACCACGCGGCGCAGAUGAUGAAGUCGGACGAAUUCCGCGUCAACAACACGUCGGAGCGAGGCAACGAGUCGGGUUUCAUCGACAAGUUUUACCAAAACUCUCGGCUGCACCAUCUCUCGACUUGGAAAGCCGCCCUGCGACUCCUUGUUGCCGAGGCGCGAGCGUCGGUGGUCGCGCGCGUUCCGACCGUGCUGCCCGAGCCCGGCGCACAGCGCUACUACUUCCAUGUCGACUUUGACGCCUUCUUCGUGUCCGCUGGCGUCGCGUCACGCCCUCAUCUAAAAGGCAAGCCAGUCGUCGUGUGCCACUCGUCUGGGGGUGGGCGUGCGUCGACGAGCGAGGUGGCCAGCGCGAGUUACGAGGCGAGGGCUCUAGGUGUCAAGAAUGGCAUGAGUCUUGGUCGCGCCAGGCAGCUGUGUGGCGACGACCUGGAGACAAUACCAUACGAGUUCGACACUUAUCAGUCGCACUCGCUCACCUUUUACAAGGUGCUCCUGGGGUACGCCGACGAGCUUGAGGCAGUCAGUGUCGACGAGGCGCUGCUUGAGGUCACUGGCGCCGUGACCGCGCGCGCGCUGGCCCCAGAGGAAGCGGGCGUCCGUUCGCCCGACCCCGCGAUCCAGCUCGCCGACAAGAUCCGUGACGACAUCCGCGCCGAAACAGGAUGCGAAGUGUCCAUCGGCAUCUCGCACAACAUCCUCCUCGCGCGCAUGGCGACGAAAAAGGCCAAGCCUGCGGGCGUGUUUCACCUGAAGGCGGAGGAUGCGCGAGCGUUCCUCGCCGAGCUCGACGUCGACCAGCUGCCACAGGUCGGGUGGUCGACACGGGCAAAGAUCCAGGACGUGUUUGGAAGCACGCUGUGUGGCGCACUGCUGCCGCAAUCUCGAGAUGCGCUCCGGCGUGCUCUCGGUCCCAAGACUGGUGAAACGAUCUACGGCUUCCUCCGUGGCCAAGAUACCCGCCAACUCACGCCAGACAAGGAGCGUAAGAGUGUCUCCGCCGAGAUCAACUACGGUAUCCGCUUCCGCACGCAGGACCAGGCAGACCGCUACGUCGCUGACCUGGGGGCUGAGGUGUCCAAGCGGCUGAAGAGCAUCGGUGCCCGUGGACGUCAGCUCACGCUCAAGAUCAUGUCGCGCCAUCCUGACGCACCAAUUGAGCCUCCCAAGUUUCUCGGACACGGCAAGUGCGAGACGUUCAACAAAGGCGGUGGGAUCUCUGGCCCGCGGGGCUCGGCUACCGAUGACCCCGAAGUAAUUGGCUCAGAGGCCGUCAAGCUGCUGGGCUCGAUGCGGCUCGACCCUAUCGAGCUGCGUGGCGUUGGAAUCCAGGUCACCAAACUCGAGUUCAGUACUGGGCCGCCGAAGGGCCAGGGGCUGUUGAGUGCCAUGUUUGGCAGAGUCAAAGCUGCACAGGAGGCUAGGGGGGAGGAAGAUGAGAGGGAGGCGGGGGAAGAGGCUUUGGGGACCGGAGAUGUCGAGGUUGACUCGAAGGAAGGGAGCGAGGAGCGAGACGGCGUCGAAGCAACGCCGGUCUCUCCGCUUCCCGAAGCUCCACCCCUGCCACCGGCACCCGCCGUCCCGUCCGACAACCACGUCGACCCCGAGUUUCUCGCAGCCAUGCCGCCCAGUAUUCGCGCCGAGCUCGAGGCCGAGCUGGCGUCGAAGCGAAAGCGAAAGCGCAGCGAGGAGAUGACGCCCGAGGUGGAGGUCGAGGUCCGGGACUCCGUGGGGGUGAAUGACAACGACGACGAUGGAGACGCCCACGUUGCUGCGCGCACAGGCGGCCGCCACAAGUACGCACACAUCACCAAGCAGCUUCGGCCCAAGAUCAAGACAAUGAUGGGGAACAAGGCGAUCGCCGAGCUGCCACUGUACACGGCGUGGGGGAAGCGACAGGCCAGUCGGAGCCGCAGUCGUAGUGUGGAUCCGGCCGCCGGGCCUACUACGACUGCGCCGUCCACUGAAUCCGAUUCCGAUAUUCAAGUCAUCGAGGCAGACAUUGCCAAGAUUGGCGAGUACACAGUGUCGACACUGCGCGAGCUCGGGAUCGAUCUGGACGUGUUCGCCGCGCUGCCCGCCGAUCUGCGCGCCGAGGUGGUACAAGCCGAGCAGCAGCGGGUGCAGCUCCGCCGUAGCGGUGGCAAACACAGUGCCAAGGCAGACUCGCCUGCCAAGCGCGCCAAAGCCGCUGUGGCGCCUAAAAUCGCGCCCACGCCCGCCACUGUCACCCGCAAGCCUGCACUCUUCGGCGCGCGGGACACAUCCGCAGUCGCCGAGGUGCUCACCCGCUGGGUGGUCACGUGUGAUGGCCAGCCGGCGGAUGCAGAUGUUGCGCGGGUGGGCAAGUAUUUGGUCAAGUGUGUGCAUGGGUGGAUGGGUGGUGUGGAUCAUGUCGCGGUGCUGCUGCGGCAUCUGCGGGGUCUGGCGGGGGACUUGGCGAGGGAUGGCGAGGAGGAGGAGGGGGAGCAGCAGGAACAGCCGUUAGUAUGGUGGGGGGUUAUUGAGCGCCUCAAGCGCGAAGUCGACGAGGCGGCGGUGGCCAAGCUCGGCGCGCCGCUGCGUCUCUAG